CCUUUUUAGGUCCACUGGAUCAGAAUUAGAAAACACAGAGACAUUAUCUGGUGCUGAAUCUAAUUCUAGUCCUAAUCUACCUGUAGGUUCAGACAUCUAUGCUGAGAUCUCCGAGGAGAAGCCAGACUCUGGGUGCAGGUAUAGCCUCCCCAGAGAUGAAAUUUACCUUGGGGCGUAUCCUGGGGAGGGCUUCUUCGGAGAGGUGCAUGAUGGAGUCUACAAAAGCCCGACAGGGGAGCGUGUACGUGUAGCAGUGAAGACAUGUAAAGACUGUUCUGCUGACGUAAAGGAGAAGUUUAUGAGUGAAGCUGUGUUGAUGAAGACUCUAGAUCAUCCUCACAUUGUACGUCUGAUCGGGGUCAUUGAGGUGGACCCUGUGUGGAUCGUCAUGGAGCUGUACGAGUAUGGAGAGUUGGGCACCUACCUUGUGGAGCAGCAGAGGUCUCUGACCAGUGUGACUCUGGUCCUGUAUAGUCUACAGGUCUGUAAAGCCCUGGCUUACCUAGAGGGGCUGAACAUGGUACACAGAGACAUAGCUGUGAGGAACGUGUUGGUGGCGUCUGCAGACUGUGUCAAACUGGGAGACUUUGGGCUGUCACGAUACGUAGAAGAAGAAGAGUACUAUAAAGCGUCUCUUAGCAGAUUACCUAUCAAAUGGAUGGCCCCAGAAUCCAUCAACUUCAGACGUUUCACCACAGCUAGUGAUGUCUGGAUGUUCGGGGUGUGUGUGUGGGAGGUGAUGUCCCUAGGUCAACAGCCGUUCUUCUGGUUGGAGAACGGGGAGGUGAUCAACCAACUAGAGGGUGGUGUCCGUCUGCCCAAACCCUCCCUCUGUCCCCCAACCCUCUACACACUUCUCACACACACCUGGAGUUACGACCCACACACACGACCCUCCUUCACAGAGCUGGUCUGCAAGCUCAGUGAUAUUCACAGGAUGGAGAAGGAGCAGGAGGGAGAGAAGAUGAGACAGAGAGCUCGAUCCAUGACACCAUACGACUCCAAGACCACCGAGCCCCCACCCAAGCCAUCAAGGAAACCUGGUUUCCAGAGCAACACCCUCAGACCUGGCAUGAGAAUACAGGAGCCAUGUGGGGAGGGGGAUGCGAGGUCUGUCUGGGAGAGGGAGAGGGUGGAGGAUACUCUUCGUCGACAAAGAGAGGACAUGCUGACAGACAGCCGGUGGCUGGAGCAGGAGGAGAAACACCUGGAUCCUGUGCAAGUUCAACAGGAGUUCAGAACAGCUAUGCACGAGGAGGAGGAGCCAGCAGACGAAGCCACACCUCCGGACAAACCACCAAAGGCCUCGGCUCCACAGCCUACAGCCACGGCAGAGCUCGACAGGACAGAUGACCAGGUGUAUGUGGGUGUCAUGGCGAUGGUGAGAGAUGUGGUGCAACUGAAGAAUGAUGUCAACACACUGCCCCCCUCAGAAUACCCAAACGCUGUCAAGGCCGUGGGGUUAACUCUUCGUAGUCUGAUCCGUAGUGUUGAUGACGUUCUACCAUCACUACACAGCUCUGCCAGAACAGAGAUCGAGGGAACUGAGAGGCUACUGAAUAAGGAUCUGGGGGAGUUAAUCGCUAAGAUGAGAUUGGUCCAGCAGAACUCUGUGACAUCACUGAAGGGGGAGUGUCAGAGGCAGAUGUUGGGCGUUGCCCACACCUUGGCCCUGGACUCCAAGAACCUUCUAGAUGCCGUGGACCAGGCUAGGAUUAAAGCUAACCUGACCAAGCCAUAAACCACACACACACCGAGGCACGUGUGGACACACACACACACACACACACUUCACUUCCUUCAUGUACCUUAUAGAACAUUUUACAGAUGCUGAUUUAGAUUUUCAGGAAGACAUUUAGCAGAGCUUGUUGUCCCUAUUUGAAUGUCUUCUAUAUUUUACUGUAUGGGCUUUUUUUUUUACUGUGUUUUAUUGUAGAUGUUUGGUACGGAGAGACAGAGAGAUAGUAAAUAAACAGUGUUUCAUCAUGGUAA